GUUACUUCACGGUGCAGGUCGUCAAAUGUGAUAUCAGUUAAAAUUAAAAACACAUAAUGCAGUUGGAUAUUUUCAUUCAAAAAUGAAAGUGGUGGUUCUUUUCAGAUCUGAUGUCAUUAUAAUAAACUGACAUGAAAUGUAAUGUCUUGUCAUGGCUGCUUCCCAACCUGGUACAUCAUCUUCGGCACAGAUAGCUGAUAAUCGUAUCUUCCUAUUCCGCCUACAAAUGCUAAUUAUAGAUGGCGGGCUUACAAGUUUAAGAAAUUAUGUAGAUCAGGAACUUGCAGCCCAAUCAACAACACUCAGUGCAAGUCUUGCCAAAGAAAAGACAACAAUCAAAUCACUAAAGGGUCGAAAGAUAAUAACACAGGUGCAAUAUGAUUUAUUGUAUCCAUCACAAGGCUCUGUUUCAACGUCUGAUUUGGACAUCACACUUAUCAUUUGUCUCAUGAGAAACCUGAAAUGUUUCAAGUUAAAUACAAAUUUUAAUUGGAACAUUUCACCAGCACAAAGUGAUAAUUCCAUCGAGGCAGACAUUUGUAGACUGAAGAACCACAGGAACGAGAUUUGUCAUAUAUCGACCACUACAGGCGUACAACAUAAUGGCUUUAUAAACAAGUGGAAUGAAAUCGAACAGAUCCUUCUGAGAAUUGAUACUGUGUACCCAAUCAAAGACUUUCAGCAGACAAUUACUGAUUUUCAAUUCUGUACUCUUGAUCCCAGUACAGAAAAGAGGGUAACAGAUGAAAUUGAAAAAUGGAACAAAUUUGACAAAUCAGUAGAAACAGAUUUAGAACAGUUGAAAACAGGUCAAAAAGAAAUGAAACAAACUAUUGAGACGCUAGCCAUAGAACAAGCUGAAACAAGAAAACGUACUUCGGACAACAAAGAAGAAUUGAAAACGGUUAAUGUCAAAAUAGCUAAAAUAGAACAACAAUUGCCAGAAGCAGACAACUAUCAGCAGCGCAAAAUAGAGCUACAGCGUGACUUGAUUACAUUCUACAGAGAAAGACACAGUCAAGUUUUCCUGUCGCCUCUUUUUGAAGAGAAAGACACUCCGUUGGCUUCUUUCUAUAUCAGACCGGAACUGAACUCAUUAGUAUCAACACCGGCGAUAAAGGACGGAACACAGGCGAGACAUGAGGCAAAAUUACCAGUUAAAUCAUUAUCAGAGAUUUUUAAAACUGAAAAAAAGAAAAAUCGAGAAAUUUAUGUAUUCGCUAAUGCUGGACUUGGAAAAACUGCAUUUUCAAAGUAUCUGGCAAACGUGUGGUGCCAAGCUCAUUGCCCAGACGAAGACUUAAAUGAUAUUUUGUCAAAGGGUGAUAUUGACUGUAUGCAAGAAUUUAAUUUCUUAUUUCUGGUCAUAUUGCGAGAUGCGGGGAAUCUAUGCUGUAUAGAUGAGCUCAUAUUUGAAAAGAUUGUUUCAGAAUUGGGUGUGGAAGAACCGCUUUCAAUAGGUGACCUCUGUAAAAUUUUGAAAAAUGAGAAGUGCCUAGUUAUACUUGAUGGACUAGAUGAAUGGACACACCCCGAUAAUGAAUGUAAGAGGCCACCGCCACGAUCGAUCCCUCAUAGGAAGGUCCGAGAAAAGUGUACAAUGCUGACAACCACUCGACCAUGGAAAUUUGGAGUUUUGGAUGUCAAUUCGAGUCAAUUAGGUAAAAAGAUAGAACUUACAGAACUAAAUUACGAGUCGGCAGUUACACUUACAGAGAGGAUAUUAAAAAGAUUGAAAUCUCACCCGAACAAUCAUGCAUUACAAUUGGAUGUCUAUGAGUUCAUUUCAGGGAUCAAAAGCAGAGAAAACGAUGAACUUAUUUCUGUGCCCCUGCUUUUGAUAUAUGCAAUUUGUUUAUGGUGUGACGGUGUUCAAAUAGGAAAUUCAAAAUUUGAUCUCUAUAUAAAUAUAGUCGAGUUUCUCUUAUCAAGAACGAUUCAGAAGCACGGAGAACUUCAAAUAUCGCAGGAAACGCCUGUCAGUGACAUCUCAGAAUGCCUUGCUAAAUAUGAAAACUGUAAAAAAUAUUUCAAACUCCUGAUGCUUUUAGGAAAAUUAUCUUAUUAUACAUUGUUCAAUGAAACAAGGGAAAACACGCUGGUUUUUGAUGGAUCAGUCGCCGAAAAACACCUCACACCAGACGAGAUGAAAUUCACCCUUCACUCAGGAAUGUUGUCAGAAAGUACAUCUAAAACACUAACAAAAAAGUUUAGUAAAGUUUCGUUUUCCCACAAAACAGUUCAGGAAUUCUUUGCUGCCAUAUUUAUAAGCUCUGAAAAUGAUGCUAUGAAAACUGUUUUAGAAAAAUGUAGAAAUAUUUAUGACAUUCUAGACAUGUCAAUAAUUUGUGAAUUUAUAAGUGCAAUGAAUGCUGACCGGAUGUGUGCAAUAUCAAAUGAUUUGAUGUCUGUGAUAAAUGAUGACGAGAAAACACGCAAGUAUAGAACUAGAACAGAUAACUGGGCCUCAUUGUCUAACGUACAGGACAUGUUCAUGUCGUACUUUGAAGAACUUGACGACCAGGAUGAUUGUAAGGGAUUUUACUUGGACUUGUCUCAACAUUCAACUCUAUCAGAGUUACACUUGUCGACGUUACCUGGGAGGCUACAAUUAAAUAUAACAACACCGUCAUUAGUUAAUGUUACGUUGUCGGAAAUCAAUCUAGAUGAAAGUUCAUUGUUACUGUCACGUGACAUGUUGAAUAUUGAACGUGUGCAGUUGAAGAAGAUAGAAAUGUCUGCAGGAAGUUUACAGAACUUUAUUACCGUGCUGAAAAAUCUGCCGCAGUCAGUAACAGUAGUGAUGGCCUACACUAAACCGGAUACAGAAUAUGAGCGUGUUAGAGAAUAUAUUCGGAGUUCAAAAACUUUUCAUGUUAUAGAGGACAGCAACAACUACGGGCGGCUGAUUGAGUUCAAAACAAUGAAACCAAGAAUAGAAUAA